AUGGAUGAAGAAUACGACGUCAUAGUGCUCGGAAUGGGCCUCAAAGAAUGCACUCUCAGCGGCCUUCUCUCAGUGGAUGGUCUCAAGGAAUUCACUGUUCCUAGACUGUUCAUUCGCAAUAGUGAAGUGACGGUUUUGCCCUUUACUGAAUUUUUCCUCCUAUGUUCCCUUUUUGCCCCUCUCUCUUUGGAUACUAAAUCUCUCUACUCUUUCGUUUCCACAAAACAUUGCUUCGAACCACUUCGUUCGACUGAUUGGGGGGCAGCCAUGGAAUACACGACUUCAGUCUUUGGGAUUCGUUUGGGGCCGUCGAUUUCCAUUUGGGCUGGCGCCUUGCGAAUCUCGCCGUUUGUUUGGUCUUCAUCUCAUCUCAUCUGCUCAUUCGUUGGUUCAGCCAUCUUCAAUCUUCUGUCCAACGUUUUUCUGAGAGAUUUUCGAUCUGCCAGUUCUUCCAUCGUUUCUCUUCAGUAUUAUCUUGGACUGAAGAGCAGAGCUCGAAGCAAUGUUUUGUUCUCUUUGUUUUUCCAAAAGACAAGAUUGCUGAGGUGUGGGAAGAGUUACAAACUGUGGUGGAUAAAUUAUCUAAGGGCUGACUUGAAGAGAGGGAACAUCACUGCUGAGGAGGAAGAAACCAUUGUUAAGUUACACACUGCUUUGGAUAGUAGUUCUCUUUGGCCAGCAGCUUUCCUUUCUGUGGUCUUUUGUUGCUUUGGAUAUAGCAGUUUGGUUGGUGUUUUCGGUCCUGCUAAGCAAGGGGGUAUUGAGUUUUCAUGGGAGGAAUUUCUCCUAGACAAGUACUGCUACAGCCCAUCCCAAUCCAUCCUUUGUUUUAGAGAGUGCUUGAUGGCAGGGUUUGAGCAUGAGGAUAAAGGUGAUUUUGCAACCUCACCAAAGCAUUUCAGGUGA